AAAAAACCCCAGCAUUAUAGCAUGACGCCUCGAGACCACAUGAGAAAGAUGUCAAUCCUUGGAGAACAGGGAACGCUAGAAGACAAGCAUUUAUACCGGUUAGCAAGUGGUAUGGCACCAAGCGAACUACGACAGCGACAAGAAAUGAUCAUGAGAAACCAGAUGAUGGCAGUAAACUCACAACUGAUGGGAGGAAGCCAGCAGAGAAUCCAAGCAAUUCCCUCACAGUUCGAGCCUAGAUUCAUGGAAAGGGAUUUGUUACCUUCGACAGAGAUGCUGGCACCAGCUGACCCUAGGCAGAUUCACAUAGCUUCCCAUCUCGGUCCUUCUGUCCCACAGCACACCAACAUGCCAAAUGUGUUAUCCAAUCGUGUUUAUCAAGGACCAGGAUAUAGUUUUAUCCAACCAGAAUCUAUGGAAGCUGUAACCAGAAGGCAGGAAUUGGUUCAGAAACAAAAUAUCGCCAGGAUGGAGCUGGAGAUGAGUGCCAUUUUUCAACAGAAAGAAAUAGAAAAAGCUCAUCGCAAAGGACUGUUAGGACUGGAAGGCCCUUUACUUUACCACGGCAUCCCUCCUAGCCCAGUUGCUUUCCGUGGGAGACAUAGGAUACCUGAGGGUCAUCUUCCUAAUGACUUGUAUGUCCAUCGAACCACCCUUGAUGAGCUUCAUGGUAACACCAUGCUGAUGACCACCAGCCCCUACCCACAGAUCAGCACUCUGCAAAGGGAGCGAAGUCGCCGCCCAGGCCGGAGAGCCGGUAAUCACAAAUCUGCCGACUGUGCUAUCAACGGGGUCAAGAGCCAAGCCGAGGAUAAGAACACGGAGCCUGCUUCUGUGACUGCUGACGAAGAGAAGGAGGACAAAAAGGAAGUGGAGGUGGAGAUGCUGAGCAAACACGAACCAAGCAAACUCCAUGCAGAGCCUUCUGCUGUGGUGGCCCAAACCAGCAAGGACUAUGAGCAUGGCUUGAGAAAAGACUCCAGCACCCAUGAAAUGCCCAGUGAAGCAAAUGGCUGUAGCAAUGGGAAUGAGAAAGAUCCCAGCAAUUCUUGCCCAGCUUUUGAAGAAAAGUACGUGUAUCCUUCAGCUUUUGCCUUCUCAGCUCUCCCAUACAGCUUCCCCAUACCCAGCAACCCAUUGCUGCCUUCAGCUACUUCCAGCCUGAUUCUAAAUGGAGAAGACAUCUCUUCCAUUGAAGAUAUUUGCAAGUGGUCUGUCGAAGAUGUGUACAAUUUUAUCAUCAGCCUUCCAGCGUGUUCGGACUAUGCCCAGAUAUUUAAAGAUCAUGCCAUUGAUGGAGAAACUUUACCACUGCUCACAGAAGAACAUCUGUUGGACACAAUGGGAUUAAAACUCGGACCUGCAUUAAAGAUACGGUCUCAGGUAUCUCGGCGUCUGGGCAAUGCAUUCUGCAUGAUGAAUCUUCCUUUGUCCAUGCCGACUCCAUCUGCUACAAGCAAACGUCCUGAACCUCCCUCAGAUAUGGCAUCUCCUCUUAACUGCAACAAUGCUGGCGAUGCUCUAGCCAGUCCUUCUUCUCAGGAUCCCGAAAUUUCAAGAACAGUUGAGCAAGUCAUGGCAGAAAGCAGGGAAAAUUUGUCAGAUGUCUCCGGAGCUCAGUCAGAUUUCCAGAUGAUCAACUAUCAGAAAAACUGA